UCGUCCUCGCUCGUGUGGACUCGUUGAUUUCCGUUCAUCAUCGCUUGCUGAAAAUGGCGCUGGUCUCCUUACGAAACUCGGCGACCUCGCUGUUGUUGUUUAGCAGAAGGUUAUUCGGCCCGCAGCUGACUACUCUCUGCUCAUAUCACGAAAAGGUGGUGGACCACUACGAAAACCCAAGAAAUGUGGGCUCUCUAGACAAAAACAGCAGGAAUGUGGGGACUGGUUUGGUGGGUGCACCGGCCUGUGGAGAUGUGAUGAAACUACAGAUCCAGGUGGACGAAAAUGGGAAGAUAGUUGAUGCAAAAUUCAAAACAUUCGGCUGUGGAUCAGCCAUCGCUUCCAGUUCCCUGGCCACAGAGUGGGUGAAGGGGAAGUCGGUGGAUGAAGCUCUGAAGAUCAAGAACACAGACAUUGCCAAAGAACUCUGCCUUCCUCCAGUCAAGCUUCAUUGCUCCAUGCUUGCAGAAGAUGCCAUAAAAGCUGCGCUCUCAGACUACAGAAUAAAACAACAGGACAAGAAGGAUGGACGUGCAAAAGCUACAAAUUAAUAUGUUGUUUUGAAGAAGCUGAGACAGUCACUUCUCUGCACCUGCCCGAUAAUACUUCACCGCUUUGAUGUUUGGAAGAAUAGUUACAAUAAUAUUACAUCAGAUGUCUGGGAGUGUUUUGACCCUUAAAAAAUCUUAUUAGAGAUAAACAUUGUCAAAGUGCCAGGGGUUUCUUUUUUUUCAUAUGAUCAGGAGUAUUUUCUUAAUUCAUGCUGAUUAUGUAGUCCAUGUUUCAUUUAAGACAAUAUAACCUACAAUUAAAAACAUUGUUCCUUCUUUUGUUUCUCUGCUCAUUAAAAAAAUACACAUCAUGAAUCAGAAA